GCAUGAGCACUCCUCACCACCAAUAAAUAAAUAGUAUAUUCCUGCGUCUUCCUGGUCUUCCUGGUCUUCCUGGUCUUGUCUCUCUUGGCCCACUAUUCCUCCGCAAAAAGUAAUCCGAAAACCUGCAUGAGCAACCAAAAAAGGUCAUCAAAUCAUCAUUUGUUACCAUCGCACAUCAAAUCACCAUCCAUCACAUCACAUCACAUCAAUUCAUCAAUUCAUCCUCCUCGAUCCAAAGACCUCAUAUCACCCAUCACCCGUCACCCAUCACACACCACCCACUCGGUUCCAAGUCAAAACAAAGAAUACGGUGCACCUUUUUACUAUUGUUUAAAUUAUUGACUCGAUUUGAUCUGAUCUCUAAACUUGUAGCCCUUAGCCCUUAGCCUUUAGCUUUGUGGCUUGGACUUCCUUAUCUAAAGGCCUUUUUUCUGUCCUUUCUACGAGUAGCUUCCCUGAAUUCUUGAGGAAGGUAAGAAAAAUUAUGUUUAUACUUCCAAGAUCCAUUUUAAUAACUUGCUGACCCCAUCUUUCCUCUCCAGCCUCCGCCCUGUUACUGUUACUAGGUUAUUUAUCCGCUAAGACAGCCUCUCGAUUUCAUCCAUUCCCCAAUUACUUGCAACUUGCACAUUGUCGCACUCGCACUCGCCCUCGCCAUCGCCCUCGCCCUCGCCCUCGCACCCGCCGCACCCACCUCCGCGCCCGUGAAUUGAUUCACUUUCUCUCACUUCCGCUUCAGCUCUAGCAUUUCUCUAUUUUAUAUUGAAUUUUCGAACCUUGGAGCCUUUGUUCAUAUGCCAAUUACUGCGUUACAAAUGUUCUUGGGAAACGGAUUUCGUUAAUUAUUCACGAUAAUAAGUGGCGAUCAAUAAUCUCACUCGACGCUGAUCCACCUUGCGGCUCAACCUUGGCGAUUGUGUUUUAAGACAACUCGAAUAAAGAUGGCGGUGGUCAACGGAAUAGUAGAGGUCUUGAAGGUUGUUGGGAGGCAGGCUACUGUCGAUCCGUCAUCAACACCAGCGACUUCGUCCUCAAUGUCUACAGUAACCCCCACUCCAUCUCCAUCUCCAACAUCAACCUCCAACAGUAAUAGCCCGACUAGUUCACCACUUUUGUUCUUUGUUGCGCUAGGAUUUGGUGUUGUAUUUACGAAUCUAUGGUGAGUAUCUUAAGGGUGUUGAUCCGUCUGCCUAUCACUAACCUCCACAAAGGAUCAUUGUUGGUGUCAAAUACUGUUUUCGAUAUAAUGCUAGGAACCGGGCUUUGCGGGCUGGGGAGGCUGACCCAAUUAAUCUUGAGAAUAUGCCUGUUCGGCCUCACCGGAGAAGACGAGAAAAGAAACUCAUGAGUAUGGACGAAGUGAACGAACGAUUCCCUUUGAUAAAAUACAAGAACUGGGUGGCCAACCGAGCCAGCGAGGGGCUACCAACUAGUGGGGGUGUCACGGCACCACCAAGUCGAGCUGUGAGCGUGCUAGAUGUUGAGGGUGUCGAACCAUCUUCACCCGUGGGGUCGAAGCAUUCUGUCAACACCAGACCGGCCACAGCUACUUCGAACAAAGAUGAGGGAAUGGCAGCAUCGCCCGCACAUACUCUCGAAGGUGGACAUGGCGACCGAAAGAGUAUGGAUGCGGUAAUUUCGGAAAAGACAGCUGCUAUAAAGACGGAGGAGCAAAAGGAAGAGCUUCAUCAUUUGGAAGAAGUUCCAACGAGAGCCAGUACCGUUGAUAACAAGAAUGCUGCAGCAGUAGAAGAAGAAGUUGAAGACGACGACGAUGAUGAUCAUAUUCAUACCGCUGUGCCUCCGGAGCUCCUUAACAAUCCUGGAGAUUCAUGUGCUAUCUGCAUUGAUACGCUAGAAGAGGAUGAUGACGUUCGUGGUUUGACUUGCGGUCAUGCUUUCCAUGCCGGAUGCUUGGAUCCAUGGCUGACUAGUCGUCGUGCUUGUUGUCCACUUUGCAAAGCCGAUUAUUUUACGCCGAAGCCCCGACCUGAAGGCGAGCCAGAGCCUGAGCGACAGUCACGUAGGGUGCAUGCCUCGAGAGCAAACAUGCCCCAGCAACCGCAAUCGGCAUGGACUGGUAUUCGAGGUAUGCCGGGAAGAUUCGGCGCAUCCGCUAGAUCGAAUGUGGAUACCCAAAAUCGCGAUGAAAGGCAAGCGAGGCGGGCGCGCCAAGGUCAAGGUGAUGGACCAAUGAAUGUAGCAGGUGGCGCAGGAGCACCUGAGGUCAACACUGCCCCAGCAGCAAGUAGAUGGAGGCCAAGAAUACCGGCAGCUUUCACAGGAAUUCGCAUGCCUGGUAGUAAUAGAGCCGCAAGAAAUGCUUCAGGUCAACCGAAUAACUCCGAGCCAUCACCCUCUCAACUGGAGGCAGGUCAACGUCCUGCUUAGGGAUAAGCGUGGUACCUCUUGAAUCGUUGAUUGAGUACAUGGAAAUGUCGGGCAUAACACAGUGACACCGUUGGCAGUAUUACAAUGAGAAUUGUACUGGGUUGGCUAAUCACGAUUUAACCAUUCACUAAACUGCACUUAAUUCAGGGGCUACGAGGGAUACGGGAGCAACUGCAAGUCGCCUCCACUCUACCGACUCCCUUGACCAAGCCGUCGAUCGAAUUUACUCCUGUCCCAAUUCAGGAAAUGAUCUUACCACAUCCCCCUUCGCCAACAUCUUUAUAUCUAACCGCAAUACAUUCUAUCACACAUGCAUUGUACAUAGAUUCUUGCUCGAUGAUCUCGAGCAUUUAAGCUGUUCUCCAGAUUUCUUAGUUCAUCACAGGUCUUGCGAUCCUGUGCUCCUUCAGCGAGGGUUUUUUAUUAUUUCCUUUUAUCAACAUAUUUUUUUGAUCCGUCUCUAAUUUCGGGCCUGGCAUGGCUUUACUUGGCUCCGGGGGCGGCCAUAUGAAUGGGAUGAAUGAAUGCAUGGGAAUCAUUGGUGGGAAAGGACGACUGGCCGGCAAUGGUUUAUAGGAAGGCAAAGGAGGCCAAUUAGGGCUUCCGGGUUUCAUGGGGGUGAUGACUGAAUGGCUAGGUCGGUCGGACAAAUAUUGAUACGGACGAUCUCACUUUUAUCUAAUCGCAUGGAGCGGAUGGAUGUAUAUGAAUGAUAGGUGACGGGUGGGAGGCAGGGGCUGAGGAUAUGGAGGAGUCGACGGUUGUAAAUUCAUGGAUUGGCUGGCACAUAGCAGUGCACCUGCAGUCUGCAUGCAGAUGAUCCAUCCGAUUUACAUACUAUAAGCGCAUAUCAAAGGGAUGAAUAUCACAUGUUCUAUAUCUACAUACCUACCUACAUAUCAUUGUAUUUGUAUUUGAUAAGAUUACCUA